AUGGUAAUGGAGAACGGGGAAGGUAAGGGAGACCUCACAGGGGCACUCGCCGGCAGGGGCUCGCCCAAAUCGGAGGGAAAUGGCGACUGGUCUGGGGAAGAUGGCGAUGGCGACGGGUCUGGGGAAGAUGGCGAUGGCGCUGGGGAAGCUGAAGUGCAGUCCAGAUGCGACGGCGACGGCGCUGGGGAAGAUGGCGAGGGCGACGACGCUUCUUGUCUCCAGGCUCUCCACGAAGAAGAAGAUGGCGAAUGA